CUGCGUAUCGGUCUGCCGUGGCAAAGAGAGAUCUGAGCAGUCGAUCUAACCCUCGUCUACAGUCACAAGCUUAGGGCAGUGACUGAUUUCUAGACAGAGCCAAGGUGUUGAAGGGGCCUAAGGAUUGAGUCUCUGCUUUUUGCAGAUGAUGCGGUCCUGUUCGCUUCAUUAGACCGUGAUCUCCAGCUUUUGCUGGAGCAGUUUGCAGCCAAGUGUGAAGCAGCUGGGACAGCUCCUCUAAAUCUGAGACCAUGGUCUUGCAUCGUAAAAAAGGGUAGAAUGACUUCUCCGGGUUAGGGAUGAGGUCCUGCCCCAAGUGGAGGAGUUUAAGUAUAUCGGGGUCUUGUUCACGAGUGAGUGAACGUUGGAGCAUGUGAACGAUAGGCGGAUUGGUUCUGCGUCUGCAGUGAUGCGGGCGUUGCACCGGUCUGUUGUGGUGAAGAGGGAGCUGAGCCGGAUAGCGAAGCUCUUGAUUUACCGGUCGAUCUACAUCCCUACCUUCACCUAUGGUCACGAGCUUUGGGUAGUGACCGAAAUAAUAAGAUACAAGUGACCAAAAUUCGUUUUCUCCACAGGGGGUCUGGGCUCUCCCUUAGUCCUAUGCUUCUGCAUCUGUACGGAGACACACAACGCCAUUAUCUGUCCUUUCGAGCCUGCUGGAGAGCCCUCAUAAGGGCAGACAGAGUCGAGCCCACUUUUCUAAACAUCCGUCGAAUGAGACAGAGAACGCAAGCUUGUGACUGGUCAGGACAACGCUUUCGUCAACAGCACCGCCAUUGCGAUGGAUGGAUAAAAACUCUUGAGUUAUGAUCUGUUUGAGUUUAAGAUUUAGUGUUUGGUUGUUGUUUUCUCUAAGCUUUGCAGAGUGGCCUUUUAGUGUUUUGUUGUGUAUACACUAAAUGAAAUAUUGAAUUUAAUUAUUACUUUUUAUCAGCAUGUUCCACUAAACCUAGAUGCUUAUUUUUAACAUAACGCAUAACGAUGUGUAUUACACUUUACAUUUAAGCAACUAUGUUUAUUUGAACCAGUUGUCAUAAAUGAAGUAUAUUCAACAUUUCAUUUUGUAGAGUGUAGUCCACAAGACUCGAUCAAGGUAAAAAGCAACAAUGCAAAAUACCAAUUUUAGUUUAAAAAAGGAAAACACCUUUUAUUCAGAAAUCCCCACCAGAUGUUGGCCCCUUAAAAUCAAAACUGGUAUAAUCAUGUUUCAUCCUCAUUGUUUAUACUGUCCAAAGCCAAAGUUCUAUCAGUGCAUUUUCUAAAUCUCAUCUGACACACAAGCUGGAUUUGAGUCCAGGUAGAUUCCCCGAGGUCCCCAUUUCAAGUCUGAAUGUGCCAUAACAAAAGAAACCAACCCUUCACAUUUCAAUAAUUCAGUGUGAAUGUUGCCUAAAGCUGCACCUGCAAAACCUGUUGGGUAUUUUACUAAUGCAACUGCACAAGUUAACGCCUUGACAUGCCUUCAGUCCUCGUAUUUGUUUAUUUUGGUUUGCUUGAAAAUGCGUGGGCCUUAGCUAGAUUUUGGCAUUGUUAGAGAACUCAGAUUGGUAGAAAACAUUCUUGGGGUAACUUGUAUGACAUCUAAUUUAUAAGAGGCAGGUCAGCAGCCUAAUACAGGAUUUCACUCGGAUUUGGAGAAGCUGUUUAUCUUUUGUCUCAGAUUUAAAGGAUUUGUUCACACAAAGCCAUCAUUUCCCAUCACAUUUGCUACAUAUCAUUAAUAUACAGAAGUUAGAUUAACAAGGACUCUAGGGAUCUAAUGCCUAUGUAAUUAGCCACCUGAGUACACCACAUAAAAACCAAUUACUGUGCAAUUACCACACCGUACAGCUGGGAAGAUGAGAUCUUGGCAUGGGCUGAGAUUCCAAGGGCUUCUGAAAGUAUAUGUUUCCUUUUUCACAUGUCAGUGCAUCGUUGCUUUUCUGAAAUGCCACUGAAAGUGUAAUUUCCUCAGUUUUAUGUCUGGUUUUAGUUGAUUCAUUAAAAGUCCAAGGGGUGAGACACCGAAUGCAGCUUUAUGCAGUUUGAUACAGAAAUAUAUUUCCUGCAAGAGAGUCUUUGUGAUGUAAGGUACUUCUUUCCCAGUCUUGUCCUCCGCCUGCUGCAUUUUCUAAUUUAUGGGCUCUGCUUGGCCUGCAGGCAGAUAUUUGUUUGAUGAUAGUGCAACAGGUCUGGAUGCUUCAGGUGUAUAAUUGCUAGUGGCUUGGUUACUUGUGGAAAUGGAGUACAGGUUACUCAAUAAUGCUUGAGGCACAUUAGUGUCACAAUACAAAGCAGCACAAUGUUUCUCUGCAGGAUUUGCACUUCUGUUGGGUUUUUACUCAAACAGUGACUUCAUUAGUGAGCCUUGUUAGCGCCUUGUAAAUGCAAUGGACAUAAAACAUGAAAGCAAAGCAAAAAAAAAAGCACUAAAAUGGUACUGCCACAAUUUUUAUAUUAUCUCAGUUUUUUUAAGACCCUGAAGAAUUUUUAUUUAUUUAUUUUACAAAGAGCCCAUAAUAAAACCAGCAGAACACAUUACUAUAAACACCUGCGCUGUGACGAUUUUCAUCUUGUGUUCCUGUCUCACUCUUCUGUGCAGGAAUCCCAGCAGAGCACUGCAGAUUUCCGGUUUUACAUCGAGAACUACACUAGAAACCCAGACGACCUGAGCCGAAAGCAGGUCCGGAUCUAUCAGCUCUACAGCAGAACCACGGGCAAACACGUCCAGAUCUUGGGGAAGAAAAUCAAUGCCAACGGAGAUGAUGGGGGCAAGUAUGCUCUUCUUGUCGUUGAGACGGAAACUUUUGGGAGUCAUGUACGAAUAAAAGGAAAAGAGAGUGAACACUACAUUUGCAUGAACGAGAAGGGCAAAAUUGUUGGAAGGCCCGAUGGAAGGAAGCAGGAGUGUGUCUUUGUCGAGGAAUUCCUGGAGAACAACUACACGGCUCUUGUGUCGGCCAAGUACAAAGGAUGGUAUCUGGGCUUCAACCGGAAGGGGCGGCCCAAGAAAGGCUCCCGUACCACGCAGAGGCAACAGGAAGUCCACUUCAUGAAACGCCAGCCGAAGGGUCGGCUGGAUCCGCUGGAGGAGUUCCGUUUCACCACAGUAACUAAGCGGACACGAAGGGCUCGGCGAUUAAAACCCAGGAACUGAUGGGACCACUGGGACAGCACUAGAUGUCCUCUUUGGGCAGGGGAGUGAAACUGAAAAUGUCAAGCUUCUUAAAAGAAUCCCCUAAAGUCUUCACCUCUGUACAAGAAAAACGAACAAAAAGUCAAAGAUGUUUUAUUUUUGUAUUUCAUGACUCUUGGAUUCUCCUGGGUUGAUGUCAUUGUGCUCAUUUCUCUGUCGUGUUAUUUAUACUGGAUAAACUAAAGGACCUCCGAGAGAACUCCUGUCGCUGCUGUCCUCAGCUCGGUUUGAACUGAGUCGUACAUUCUUUUCGACAAUGGGAGCUGAAGCAGGAGCUGACGCAAUGUUAUAAAAAUCAGCCAACUAGAGAUUUAUUGGAAUACCUGUCGGUUUUUGUUUGUGUUGCCCCUGACAACGCGGAUCCCAUACUUUCCACUGGAAUUAGACACCAUGGAGAUGAAGCGGAGAGAGGCGGCAGGUGACACUGUGCUGCCGGGAUAACUGUGUAGCUUUGAGUGCAAUAUUUUACAGGUCUCUUUCUCUUUUUCUCUGUCUCAAUACGUCUCGUUCCACUCGUGGCUCCUGGAAUGUGCUGAAACCUCAAAGUUCCGAGUGUGAUCUCCAUGACAUUUCCAUGCAGCCCUGUGAUUCAGCUGAAACACGACAUGCUUUGACUAGUCAGACACCCACUGUGGCCUUAGACCUGUUCAAACUCUAAAAGAAAACAGUACAAACAAAAAACAACAGCUGAUGUGAUUUAUAAUUCCACACUGUCUUCCAAAUUCAUCACACUCGGAGAAGAGCGGUAAUCCCUUCUUCUCCUUUUCAAUCAGCUCUUCCUCACAAGCUCUUUCAGUUGAUGAUGAUUCUUCAAGUGAGAGCUUGCCAGAGAUUUUCAAAGCUGGUGAUGACUUCUUCUACCUCCUUUUGCUUUUUUUUUUAUCUUUACCUUGCCUGGUUGUCUGUGUUUAGCAAAUCUCAGUCGACUCUGUCCUUGAACUAAUUAUUGUUAUUAUUGUUAUUAUUAUUAUUAUUAUUAUUAUUAUUAUUAUAACUUAAUUAGUUUUGGGGGAAAAUGACAUGAGUUAUCCACAAGCAGGUAUUCUGUGCAUCGCUCACCCCAAGUGCUUCAAAGCUACUUUUCAAAACCUAAAAUGACAGGAUUCAGGGAACCUUUUCAUAUCACCUGGAGUUUGUAUCUGAAUCCUAAAGGAAAUGUUGAUUAUUUUCCUCCUUGUUCUCACUGAUGGCAAACUCCAGGUUUAUUUUUUCACCAGUAGUGUGUAUUUACCUAUCAGCCAGCAGUCCUUUAUUUGAGUUACUACUAACAACAUGACACAUUUAUGUCAAAAAAUAAUUUUAUGACUAUUAUUAAGAUAUUUAUUGCCUCUCUUUGUAAAUAAAAUGUGAGUUUUAUUUGGCCUCUGUUAAUAAAAUGAGGACUAUAUUUAAAAAAAAAGUGGUAUCUUCUGAUGACUCGUGUAAUGUGCCCGUUGAAUAUGACAUCUGAAAGAUCGAUGCAGCAGGUAACGAUUGGGCAGACAUAGCGUACAUUCCCUUCUCCGCAUAUUGCCAAGGUAUGCAUUUUUAUACACAAACCCGAAGCGUGAGGAUUGCUUUUAAGGUCAUCACUUUGAGAAAGGCUUGUUGCAACAUCCCUGAUAGCUGUAAAAGCCCACAAGAGUUCACACACUUGGUGCUUUUAUCCCAUUAAAUAUAUAUUUGAACUCAAACAAAAUAAACAUGUUCACUGUGGAGAAAGAUGCAAUAAAACAAUUUUUUUGGAUGAAAACGUAGGAAACAGGAAAUGAUGAGCCUUCAGAUGAUUAGAAGUAUAUCACUAAAAUAUAAAUGCUCGCUUCUCCAUGCUAACAAGCAGAUGACAUUUUAGACAUUUCUAAUGCUUUAAAGUGCUAAAGGAAUGCAGAGAAGCAUGCCUUAUAAUGCUGUGUGCAGGAAUGAUGUUUACAGUACCUGUCAGACUGAAAGAUGGAGGCUUUGAAGGGGGAAAAAUACUCUUGUUUAAAUUCCUUCCAAUGUUAUCAGCCCCCCUCCGCUCUGCUGUCUCCCCUCUGGUAGUCACCUCCAACAGAUCUAGAGAUUCCCUAUUUUGUCAUGAGGUUUUGAAUGUCUGGUCUGCUUUGAAGAGGCUGAAUGUGAUGCAUCAUUAACAUAAUGGAUCAGCACGGAUGACGCCCCACGUUUUUUGAGUGGUAGCUGUGAGCAGAAAAGGUGUAGAUGUUUAUUGUGUUUCACAACUAGAAUUGCAUGUCUGUAACAAAUUCAGCAGCUCUUUAUUUCCUCUUUAGAAAUAAAAACAAGCAGGGGGAUAAAAUUUGUCCAAAGAAUGUUAAUGCUAAAGUCGAACUCUGUGAAUUGUCAACAAACGUUCCUAAAUCUGGGAAUUCAAAAUCAAAUUUCUUUGCAAAUCACUGAGAAACCUAAUCAAUGUAACAUUCUAGAUCCUCCAAAUUCUGUUUUGAAAUAAAAGGACACGUUUCUUUCCCAUGCCGCAUACUUCAAACUUGACCGAGCACAACCAAACUGCAUAUUGACAUUUAAACGAGCGCCGAUGCUUUAAAACAUUUCACCCCACUCGCAAUAAGCAGAUGACAUUUUUGCAUAAGCCUCCUGCUAGGCUUUUCUCUGACACAACCUUUGAUCAUUGGAGGCUGGAUGGUCUUGGAAGUGGACCAAUAACUUCCAAACAAAACAUACAAUUCCCCGUUGCAAAGCCUAGCCACUUUUCAAAAGAGGUGGAAUCUUUAAAAGCAGUCCUGCUUGCCAAGUCGACUUUAUUCUAUUAUUAGAAAAUCGUUUAAACUUUGCACAAUGGGUACAGUAUGACCAGAGCCGUGUCAGAGUGGAGAGAAACUUUGAGGUUCGGAAUAAGUUAUACAAAUUUUAGUGCAACAACAACAAAGUGGGUUUUGGUUUCAGCCACCACACGUUUAACAAUUAGUCCUGUCAAGAGAAGUUUACCUUCUUUUAGACGUAAUUUGAGUUUUAAUCCUCUAAAUAUUACCAGCAUUGUCUAUUAAAGGUGAAGUCUACAGCCAAACACAACAAACUUUGUGCUAUUCUAUAUCUUAAAUAAUUCUCAUCACGUCACUUACAGUCAAAACAUUUCUGCUGCUACCACCCAUCUAACUCCCAUUAAAUGCUAACCACAGUCGACUGUUGGCUUUUAUGAUGGGGGGAAAAAAGAUUCUCUGAGUAUUUUUGAAUACAUGUCUGAGAUGUGUUUUUCCAGAAUUAUAAAUGUGCUUACUUACAUUUUCUGGAAAGCCAGACCUCUUCCGUGUUCUCUGAACAACAUGCAGCGAGGGCAUAAAAAAGAGCAUAAAAAAUAAACUGGUAGUAAAUGGUUUUCUGCUUUAAGUAAAAAACAAAAACAUAAAAUAAAUUGAAUAAAAUAAAAAUCUUCAGAGAUGCAACAAACCACCUUCCCAAUAAUUCAGCAAAAAAUAUUGAAAUGUGCAUUUGAUGAAAUCUGACAUCAUUAUCUCAAGCUACAAUACAAAUUAUCAUCACAACAUCAGAAAACUAUCUGUCAGACACAGCUGGUCCUUCUGAUGCUGCCAAGUUUUUAUUAACCGGUCUUAUCUUUUUUCAUGAAUAUCCGUGAUAAGAAUAGAAUAGAAUCGAAUAGAAUGUCUUUAUCGUUACUAUACAAUGAGAUUAAAACAGCCCAUUUAAAAUAAAGGAUUAACAGAUGAAAUGAAGACGGUAUUUACAUUUUUACAUCAUAUACAGGGUGGAUAUAUAUAAUUAAACAAGUUAUUGUACAUGUUAAUGUAGCAGGAAAUGUUUGUUUAUGAUGACAGAAACAUGUUGGGCAGCAGUGGCCCAGGAGAUAGAGCAAUCGGAAGGUUAUAAUAAUGACAAAUUACCCGUACUUGUGUAAUGCCUUUCAGAGUCAGAGGACUCCAAAGCACUUUACACCACAGUGUGACCACAUCCAUUCACACACACACACACACACACACACACACAGUCACACACUGAUGAUGAUGUCCUUGGGGUGCACUGACAGAGGCAAGGCGAGAUUAUGCAACAUGACAGCAGCAAUGCAAAUUUAGAGCACAUUGGAGUAGCU